AUGCUCACUUUUGCACUCGCUGUGCCAGCUCUCGCUGACGUCACACCCACUGAAGCCUCGCUUGCUGCUGACGUAACAGCCGCCAGCACUACCAGUCACUCACAGCGCGCAACUUCGCCUCGCGGUCUGCUGCUGCUGCGUACAUCCAAUCCCAGGCAGGUCAAGGGAGCACCCGUGGUAGCGAGGCAGCUGCGGCACUACCGUCGUGACCGCACCACCGGUGGCGGCCGCAGCAGCAGUGGCGGCAGCAGUGGAAUGGACAAGGCGGCAAUUGUGGAGGAGCACAACAAGGCGCGGCGGGCAGUGGGAGUGGCGGACCUCUCAUGGGACGACAAAGUGGCAGCAGCAGCGAAGCAGUGGGCAGAUGAGCUCGCCUCCAAGGGAUGCAAAAUGAAGCACGGAGGGGCAAAGGGGCUUGGCCAGAACCUGUACUGGAUGCGCCCUGCCAAGCUGAACAGUGACGAGGAUCGGGCGGCGGUGCGGUCGUGGGUGGCGGAGAAGGCGGACUGGAGGUACAGUGCUGUGCCCAAGGGGUGUGCGGGCGGCAAGAUGUGUGGGCACUACACGCAGGUGGUGUGGCGGGGUACCAAGAGUGUUGGGUGUGCUGCUGCCAAGUGUGCGGAUGGAGGUGGCAUGUGGGUUUGCGACUACUCGCCGCAGGGCAACAUGGUUGGGAAGACUCCGUAUUAG